AUGCCUGUCUUUGAUCUUGCAACUCGUGCUUUAAUUGUAGCCUACAAGGCUGAUGGGAAAACAAAUCACGAUAUUACCGGGUUGACUGGUGCUGAGAAGCGCACAAUCAACUCAAUAUACGCUCGGGCAAUUGAGAGAGGCUUUGAUCCUGCUAUGAGGCCUAUGAAGUUGGAGAACAAGCAUAUUGAAGAUGCACCACGAUCUGGGAGGCCUUCAAAACAACAGCAGGCCUUUGAGAAGGUUGUAAGCCUUGUGAGAAGAGAUCGUUAUGGUAGAGAGAAAACCUGUGCUGAUAUUGCUGGUGAUCUUAGCCAAGAGGGCCUAGAUGUCUCAGCCUCUACGGUAUGGAGAGUACUCAGAAAAGCAGGAUACAAGAAGACAAAGCCAACGAGGAAGCCUGGGUUGACGAAACAGAUGAGGAAGGAGAGGCAAGACUGGUGCCUUGAGCAUAAAGAUUGGACUCUUGAGGAUUGGAAGAACGUCAUUUGGACUGAUGAGACUGCUGUUGUACUUCUUCAUCGGCGUGGAGGGUAUAGAGUGUGGAGAAAGGUUGAUGAGGCUGUUGUAAAGAGUUGUAUUCGUGAGAGAUGGAAAGGUUACUCUGAGUUUAUGUUCUGGGGUUGUUUUACGUACGAGAAGAAAGGACCUUGUCACUGCUGGACGCCUGAGACAAAGCAGGAGAAGGAAGAGGCUGCAAGAAAGAUUGAUGAGUUGAACAAGGAGUUAGAGCCUUUGAUGAGAGAGAAGUGGGAGCUUGAAAGAGGCAUGGAGCGACUUAGUCUACGUACAAAACCUGGCAGGAAACCUCAAUGGAGAUGGAAUCAAAAGAAUGGUAAGUUGUCACGAGGCAAAGGCUUAGGCAUAGACUGGUGGCGUUACCAGUCUAUUAUCUUGCGGCCAAAGCUAAUUCCUUUUGCAAAGGAGUGUAUAAAAGAGCGACCUGGUACUCUUGUUCAAGAGGACAAAGCACCUGCUCACAACCACUACGUACAACGCUACGUGUAUAGUCAAGAGCACGUAGCACAGUUGCUUUGGUGCGGCAAUUCACCAGACUUAAACGCUAUUGAGCCUUGCUGGUUCUGGAUGAAGAGGCACACAACAAAGAAAGGAGCACCAAAGAGCAGAGCUCAGGCUAUCCGUGCCUGGGAACAGUGUUGGGAUGAGCUGUCUCAAGAGCAGAUACAGAACUGGAUUGAACGUAUCCCAAUCCAUAUCCAACAGAUCAUUAGUUUAGAGGGAGGAAAUGAGUACAGAGAGGGUAAGAAUAUACGUAGGACUGAUUGA